AUUGUUGUAAGGCGAACGUCACGCGUCCAUACAGCCAAAUCUAUGACAAAAUACAAUAUAUUAAAAUAAAACAAAAAACCAAUAUAUAAAUAUUUAAAAAAUUAAGAUUAAUUUUCACGGACAGUAAACCAAAAUGUGCUCCAAAACAGCAGUAGCGUUAGUGCAAAAGUUCGAGUGAGUUUAUCCAAAGUGUAUUCUAGUGCAAGUGUGAAACAGUGACAUGGAGAAAGUUAGCUGAUCCAAGGGUCAGCCGCGCACGCCCAGGAAACGAUUGAUUCGACGCAUUAUGCAAGUGUUCGGCGAGUGGGCCCAAGUAGAAGUGGUGGAGCUGGUGAACGACGGGUCGGGGCUCGCGUUCGGCAUCGUGGGGGGGCGGUCGUCGGGCGUCGUGGUCAAGAGCGUGCUGCCGGGCGGCGUGGCUGACAGGGAUGGGCGACUACGCAGCGGUGACAUGUUACUGCGCAUCGGCGCGGUGUCCGUGGUGGGGAUGUGCGCGCGGCAAGCGGCCGCCGUGCUGCGGCAGUGCGGCGCCUGCGUGCGCUUGCUGGUCGCUCGCCCCGCGCAUACCAACAUGCAGUCGCUGGGAGCAUCACAAGCGCCGAUAGUCCCGUCUCGUUUACUCGCGGACCCCAUAGAGCUAGAGAAGCGACUGUCUGACGCCGGCCAUGAUGGGUUCGGUGCGUUGUGCGAAGAUACCACGCCGCCGUCACCACCACCCACUAUUAUUGAGGAAACUUAUCAUCAUAGGCCAGUAGCAUCCAUAGUAGCAGUAGUACCACGCGAAGCGCUCGCCCCCUCCCCGCGCCCGCCGCUCAUCCCCGCACCACCACCUAAAGUACCACCGCCUUUACGAUUACCUUUAGACAUGGCGGUGCGAGGUACCGGGGAACCAGAAACAAUAAGCUAUGAAGUGGACCUGAAUAAAGAUUCCGCUUUAGGACUGGGAAUUACUGUGGCGGGAUAUGUUUGUGAACAAGAGGAACUAAGCGGUAUUUUCGUGAAGAGCAUCAGCACGGGAAGCGCAGCUGAUCUCUGCGGGAAGAUACAAGUCAACGAUAGGAUUGUUGAGGUGGACGGAGUGCCGCUGCACGGUGUGACGAACCAUCGCGCUGUCGCCCUGUUGCGGGAUGCGAAGGGGCCCAUCGUUAAACUGAAGGCUUUAAGAUAUCUCCGCGGCGUGGGCUACGAGCGUCUGCAGAAAGCGCUGGCGGCGCAGCGCGGCCGCUCGCCCGUGGCGCCGCCCAGCCCCUCCGUUACAUCGCUCGCUAAGUACAGCUUUAGUGUGUACGACGAAUCAACAGUAAUAGAAGUGGAGCCAGAAUCGGAAAUCCAACCGCACCUGCCCUCCCCCACCUCCCCUUCAGAGGAAGCUGAGAUAGUGAUAGGGAGGGACGAUGUGUGCGAGCGAGAUGCAAGACGGAUACAGGAUAAGUGGCGGGAUUUGUUGCAGAACGAACCUGAUUGGCCAGGACAUCAGUACCAGUAUGAUGUUAUUGUGGGUUCAAUAAUAAAAGAAAAGGAUAGCGGUCUGGGUAUAUCACUAGAAGGAACAGUGCGGGUAGUUGGUGGAAAGGAAGUUCAAGCGAGGCAUUAUAUUAGAGCCAUAGCGCCUAACGGACCUGUGGCUAAGUUGGGGAUAUAUCGUGUGGGAGAUGAGUUGUUAGAGGUGAACGGCUGGCGAGUACUAGGCGCACAUCACGUGGAGGUGGUGACCAGGCUACGCGCUGUGACGUCACCCGUACUGUUGGUGGUCGUGCGGAAGAGAAACGAGCUGGCUAAUGGAAUUGAGCCUAGUUUAGCUAGGAGCGGUAUUCUAGGCGGCAGUUUACAAGACUUACUGGCUCCACCACAGAGACUGAUCAAAGCGAAGUCGGAAAGCUCCGUCGCGUCAUUGUGUAGCGCGGCCACUGUGUUAUCUGCUGGACAUGAACAUGAUGAAUUCUGUUCAGAUGACCUUGAAAGGAAUAGAUCGAGAUCCUUAGAACCACUCAGUUGGCUUGCGAUGUGGAGUGACCAUGUUGAAUAUAUUCAGUUAUUGAAGGAAGAUAGAGGGUUGGGCUUCUCUAUAUUGGAUUAUUUGGACCCAUCCGACCCUAGCAGUUCGGUUAUAGUAGUACGUUCAGUAGUACGAGGCGGGGCAGCAGCACGGGACGGGCGACUGGCGCCGGGAGACAGACUUGUGGCUGUUAACGGGAGAGAUGUAGCACGAGCACCGCUCGCUGUGGCAGUAGCGGCUAUUAAAAGUGCACCUAGAGGUAUCGUCACUAUAGGUGUAUCAAAACCUCUCCCCUGCAGUACAGUGAUUGGUGGUGAUAGAGCUAACGGUCCCAGCUUCCAAAAUAGCCAGGAGUGCAUUAAUUCCUUGGCAUCAGAUGACCAGACAGGAAUGGAUUCGUUUCACGAAUGUUUGCAAGAAUACGGCGAGGGGCUUGAAGUGGUCCAAAUAUGUUUAGAACCUGAAGAACCGUCGAUCAAAGAUGACGAGUUAUCAGCGCUAGCGGAUAUAAGCACUGAUGACUCUCACAAGAAAGAUAAAUCUCUCGAAGACGAUAAAAUUAUAUUAAACAUAGAUAAUAAAGAAAACAAAGAAAAGGUCAACGGGAUCGUUGCAUUGAAACUGUCGAAAUCUGACGACUCUUUGGACGAUCAAGAAGAUGAUAUGACAAUAACUGAAGACGAUGUGCGAACGGGUCCAAGAGAAUUAAGUAUUCGAAGUAAAUCUGCAGAUAGAAGAGAAUUGAAUGGCGAUAAAACCUUAUCGAAACAAUACAGCAAGGAUAUAUCUACGUCCGACGAAAUGGUGUUCGCGGUUACACCAACUGGCUUAGAGAGAAUCAGCUAUGAAAAGUAUUGGAAAGAAUGCGAUGGCAAUAAAGAAAAAAUAACGAAUGACGAAAGCUGGAAGGAAUGUUUAAACUCACCCACAGACGAAACUACGAGUUUUUACGAUACGACCACACGAAUAUCCGUCCAGGAAGAAAACAAUUCGCUGUUGUACAUUGACCAUGAAAUAGACGGUUACGAAACAUGUCUCGACGACGAUUCGACAUCCGUUAAGUGUACAGAAAAAAACGGUCAUAAAAUCAACGGCGAUCGCGAGAUCAAAGAAUUAGAUAAACACGAUAAAAUAACUAUUAGAAACGAAGACAACGAUGCUUGUGCCAAAACGAUUAACGAUCAGAACACUGCCAAUUCCAUAGAGGAUGUGUCGUCUUAUCCAUAUGUAGAGGAACAUAUAAUUAAACAAAUGCAAUCGUUGAGAAUAGAGCCCCUUAAUGUUAACAUUACGUGCAAUAAAAAGGUUAGGAAAAAGAGUCCAACUAAGCCGUCCAAGAAUGAGCGUCGAUGUAUCGAAUACUACAACGACCAAGAUGAAUGUUUGGAAGAGAUAAGAAGGAAAAAGCUUGAAGAGGAAAAGAAAAGGUGUAGAGAGGACAAGCGGAAGAUAUUGGAAAAUAACAAAGGUGUUAUGGAGAAGAAGAUGCAGAUGAAGAAGCAGGAUCCGAGUGAAGAUUCGAGUGACCAAGAGACGUAUGAGGCGGGGUGUCAUAAGUGUUUUUUAGAGAACUAUGCGUAUGCGUUAACAAAGGCGUAUAUAGCAGCAGCAGCUUGCAAGUACUGUGACGUCAUUAGGGAUGUGUUAGAGCCGCCUAAAGCAAGACCACUGAGACGAAUGUCGGCUCCUGCGUCAUUGAGCCUGGAUAGUCCAGCUUCGGAGACAGAUUGCGAAGAUUACUUGAUGGUGCCUGGUGAGAGGAAACGGAGAAAGUCAGCUGGUCCUUUGAAAUUUCUUGUGCCUUCUAGAAGACCCAGCUACGUACCAAACAUGACGGUGACGGUGUCGUCCGACCGACGGUCGUCCGCGCAACGCUGGGGCCCGCCGCGGCGCGUCACGCUCAAGAGAGGCCCAGGGGCCCCGCUGGGUGUCAGCAUUGUUGGUGGGAAGGUGGAUAUUAUCUCCGGUCGUGAAGAUGCAAACGGUAACGAUAAGGGUAUCUUCGGUAUCUUCAUCAAGAAUGUGGUGCCUGACAGCCCGGCGGGGCGGUGUGGGGAGUUACGUGCUGGUGACAGAAUAUUAGAGGUGGAUGAUGUGAAUGUGCGAUCAGCUCAGCACGAAAGAGCUGUGCAAUUGAUAAAGGCAGCUGGCAGUACUGUAACACUCACUGUGCAGAGUUUGAUCACUUGGAAUACAGAUUCGUCAGAUUCGUCACCACCGGUUGUUACUGCGAGACCUUCUAUGAAGAAGACUCGAGCACCGCCCGCGCCUCAACAACAUGACAUUAAAAUAACAGUAACAUCAGAUUCAGACACACCCAAAGAGAAAAGUGAACCAACACAAAAUGGUAUUGAUGAAGACAAAGAAACAGAAGCGAAACCAAAGAAAGUGUAUUCGGAUUCCGAAGAGAGUAGUGAUGAGGAAGAUGAAAGGGAACUGCAGGGAAGGACUUAUUCUGAAAAGGGAGUUGAGAUCGAUCGAGCAUCAGCCGGCGCGAUCAAACGCAGCAGAGAAGAGAAGGAAGCGGACCCAGAAGAAGAAGAUGACUUCGGCUACACUUCAAAUAAAAUAAAGAAGAAGUAUGGGCCGCUCGGAGACAGCGUGGUGGUGGUCAAACUGGAGAAGACCGCCAAGUUCGGCCUGGGGCUCAGUCUGGCGGGACACAGGGACAGGAGCAGAAUGGCCGUGUUCAUAUGCGGGAUACACCCAGCUGGUGCGGCGGCCAAGUCGUCACCGCCUGUUAAAGUGGGAGACGAGAUCUUGGAGGUGAACGGAAUAGUGCUUCACGGAAGAUGUCACUUGAACGCGUCUGCCAUCAUCAAGGGGCUUAUGGGGCCAGUGUACAAGAUCAUCUUACUAAGACGCAAAUCUGCAUUAGAAGAUGUCGCUGUGAAACCCCUCACACAAUUCCCCACAGCCCUUGAAGAAGAGCCGGACGACCGCUUCGCAAACUACAAAGGAGUACGAGAUAUAACUAUCAAAAAGGGUCCAGCCGGUUUGGGUAUCAUGAUAAUAGAAGGCAGACACACAGAAGCCGGACGAGGUAUCUUCGUUUCAGACUUGCAAGAGGGAAGCGCUGCAGAACAAGCUGGUUUGAACAUCGGUGAUAUGAUCCUAGCUGUCAACAGAGACUCCCUAUUGAGUUGCACCUACGAUGCGGCGGCAGCAAAACUUAAACAGACAGAGGGAGUGGUGAUAUUAACAGUAUGCAGUCCCAACAUGAAGGACUCUGAUAAAGCAGAUGAGUCUGGUACGUCAGGAGUAAGUGGCAGUCAAACGCCAAGUGGGGCGUCAAAACCAGCGCCUUCUCCUGCGAAACCGGAACCGCCAGCUGACCCCGCGACCGCUCAGCCUCGACCGAACCAAGACACGGUCAUUGAAAUCAAUUCUAACAACGAAGUGCUUGGCAUUUUAUUGGUCGGAGGCAGUGAUACUUUGCUUAGUGGUCCAGCAGCGGUUAUUUUAGACAUAUAUAAAAACGGCUGUAUCGCCAAAGAUGGCCGUUUGAAACCCGGCGAUCAAAUCAAGGAUUGCAACGGAAUUACAAUUACUAAGGAAAUGGCGUAUGAAAGAAUAUGUUUGUCUAUAAAGCAGAAAGCUCCUAAGUUAAAAAUGAGCAUCCACCGACCAGAACCGAUCGCGUACGACGAGAUAGAAGUGGAGUUAACAAAGAAAGCGGGCCGAGCGCUCGGACUUGCGUGUGUUCAGCCUGUCACCGGUACAGGAGUUUAUCUGGGGGAAUUGUUGCCCGGUUCCCCCGCGGAGGUGGACGGGCGGCUGCAGCGCGGCGACUGGCUGUGCGCGGUGGACGGGCGCGACCUCACCGCCGCAGACGCAGCACAGGCCGCGCAGGCGCUGAAACUCGCUACCAAUAAGGUCAAUAUUAAAGUCAAACGGUUCAAGAUUAAGGGCUAGGUGAGUGUUACACCGGUUUCAGAUGUUAGGGCGGCUGUAGACGGACCGCUUCAAGCAGUUGAGACCGACGGCUUGAAGCCGUGACCGCGCGGUGAACUAUGGUCAUUCAUUCACUGCCGUACACGGACUGCUCGAGCCGUCACGACUGCUUCAAGCCGUCAACUGCGUGGUUAGUAGCGACAGCUCGAGCAGUCAACGACCAACUGCUCAAGCUGCCCGUGUUUGGCCGCUCUUAGAUCGUUUACAUGGAGUUGGUGAGCUCUGGGAGGUUAUUGUGAUGGUUUGACAAGUGGUUAGACCGGUUUCACAGGUUAAAAAGUUCUAAAAUAUGACAUAAUUAUUACAUAUUAUGAUGAUAGAAGUUGUCAAUUUCACAGCUCUGUUUAGCUUCAUUUUCAGUUAAAUUGUAAACUAAUGUGUCUAAUCAGCAAGUGAAACCGGCUUCGUUUUUGGAUAUUGUAUGUUUUGUCUGUUGUAAUGAAUAGCUAUGGAGUUGGUUAUUAAUCAUGUGAUAGUUUACAAAAAAGAAAGAAAUUACGAAAUGAACACAUUACACAAUCUGUGACUUUUCAAUAUUGUAUCCUCAUGUAUUUUUCAAAUUAAUUUUUUAUAAAUUAAAGAAUGCGAGUCACCUUUGCAUCAAAAUACAAAUGUGUCAUUUUGCCUCGACCUCCCCAUUUUAUGAUUGUUGCAAAGACCUUUUUUACAAAUUUUCUUAUUAGAAUUAAUACCUAAUUAAUUAUCAAUACAUAAACAGAUAGAUACAUUUUACUGUUUAGAAAUUUUAAAUUUCGCACGGUUAGUACACCAACUUCAUAGUUAUAUUGAAUUGUUUGUAAUGACGACAAGGCCGUUGAAUUGUAUUUUUUGUUGUUUUAUUUUAUAUAGCUUGGAAUUUUCGAGAGUACAUUGUAAUGUUGUAAUGUAAUAUUAAAUCUUUGAAUAGUUUUAGAAGCAUUAUUAUUUGUAUUUUUUUUCAUUAAUUUUGUGUUACAAACAGUGUAAUUAAUUUGAACGUGUCUUAAUAAACCAUAAUAUUAUAUUUAUUAUGACGUAUUGAUUUCAUUGUAUUAUCAGACCACAUUUUCCAAUAUUAAUUAAUGUAAACCAAUGAUUUUACUUCUUUUCUCAUAUUUUCAAAUUGAUGAAUUAAAAUGUAAAUUGUAAUGUAUCAUAAAUUACUAUGUUUAUCCAAAUUUCCAUAAAAUAUUGUAUUUAUUGAGCAUUUAUUUGUCUUACAUUAUGUUAUAUUAAAAUAUUGAACUUGUAACUAUUAUUUUGUAUUUACAGCUCGAUUAUUAUUUAAUUAUUCAUUAUAAGAAAUGUAAUUUAACUUUAUUAAGAGCACACUUUGUAAUGCGUCUUAAUUUAUUUUAAAAAUGUACGUUUAUUCAAACAUAACUCGGUCUAUUUUAAAUAAAAUAAUAUUAUAAAAGGAAUAUUUAAAAAAAUAUGUUUCAGUAUUGUUUAUUUAGAUCUGUUAUAAGUUUAAGAUAAAAUAUGUUUAGGCCGGAAAAACCCUUUGUUUGUAGUUCAUUUUCAGUAUUGUUUUAGACAUACUGUCGAGUAGUUAAUUAUAAAAAUAUUUUAAAUCAGUUAUAAAGUGAUAAAGUAAUUUUUAUAUAUUAUGUAUUAGUUGAAUUAGUGCAAUUUUAUACUUACGUGGACAAAAAAUUACAAAAAAUAUAUAGCAAGCACUAACUUGCCAAUCGAGAAUUGCAAAACAUAGAUUUAAAAUAUGCUUAAAAACUCUAGUCUGAACCUAAUUUCAUAGUAUUUUAAUAAUAGUAUAGGCUUUAUAUAUUAGUUUAGAUUUAGUUGGAUAUGUAAAAAUAAAUGCAAAAUAAAUACGCCAAUAAUGUUAAAAAUGUUGUUAUGGAAUUUUAUGCAAUUUAGAAGUACACUUUAGAAAAAAUAAACAUCUAGAAAAAUACUAAAUUCUUUAUUAUUUUAUACGACAUUAUUUUGCAUAGGAUGAUAAUUUAAAAUGCAAAAGCAAGCCAAAUGUGAUUUUUUCCGUAAUUAAUAAAUUACGAUACACUGCAGAAUGUCUUAUUUUCUGUUUUUAUUUUAUUAGAAGACGACAGUCAUCAAAUAUUGUGUUAUUAGUUAUUACUAGCUUACUUUCACAACAAUUUUUAAACCUAAUGAAAAAUAAUAUUUUAUAUUUAUUUUAUUGCAUAUCUAUGUAAUUUUUUUUUUCAAGAAUAUAAAGAAAAAAAUUAAAGUGGAGGUCUCAGAAUUACAUAGUAUAAUUCUUAGAGCAGGUAAAACUCAACUGUACUUUGAUGACUGUUUAAA